CCUACGGUAUACAGGGGUAGACUGUAUUACUUUAUAUUGGCCGGAAAUUAAACUUUGUGAUUACACUUUGAGGACGUUUGGUUCCAAAUUGCAAUCUGCAUAGCUGGGUUUCAGCAAAGAAACGGUUGGAGAAGUUUAAAUUUAAGGAGAUUAUAAGAAGAGGACAAGUUUAAUUCAGCCACGGCGCAGGAUCGGGAAGGGUUUAUUUCAGUGUCCAGUUGAGGAUGUUAACUUCCAACCCUGCAUCAGAGUGACUUCUUCUCUCACAGAGUUGUAGAGUGAGAAGGGACGGCUGUUUAAAUGUGAAUGCAUGUCUCUACGGUAUAGAUAGACUAACCCAAGGAGGAAGAAACAGUGACGUUUUUAUUGCACUCCGUCUCUCCCGCUGACUGAACUGAACCAUGCAGCAUCCCUUGGACUUGGGGGCUCACUAUUACCCCCCGGAGGCUCACCCCGACCACCGCUCCCACUCACACCGCUACCGGAGCUUCAUGAUCGAAGAGAUUCUGACCGACCACCACAAGGUGUCUACCCCGGCAGGGGAGCUGCUCAAGUUCGGAGUACAAGCUCUGUUAUCGGCGCGGCCAUACCACAACCACCUGGUUUUGAAGGCCGACCAGUCGGGUAUCCUGAAGUUCCCCAUGUCGCCACUCUCUUGUUCAUUUGGAUCACCGUUAGGCUCUUCUCUCCUAUCCGGGGCUCCGGGCCGGCACAACGGCUCAGCCUCCCACCACCUGCCGCUGGACCUACACCUCCGAAGCAAGCUUGAGCACGGCGGCGAAGGCAGGAGCAAGUCCAAAAAGGGCCGACGGAGCAGGACGGUCUUCACUGAGCUGCAGCUCAUGGGCCUGGAGAAAAGAUUUGAGAAACAAAAGUACCUUUCAACACCAGACAGAAUAGAUCUUGCCGAGUGUCUGGAUCUGAGUCAACUACAAGUCAAAACCUGGUACCAGAACAGACGAAUGAAAUGGAAGAAAAUAGUCCUACAAGGAGGAGGAUUGGAAUCUCCAACCAAACCAAAAGGCCGUCCGAAGAAGAAUUCCAUCCCCUCGAGCGAGCAGCUUUCGGAGCAGGAGAGGUCUCGAGACGUCGACCGUAAAUCGGACGGUUCCACCUCGUCACAUUCAGACACUAACCAAGAGGAAUUAUAACGUUGGUGCUCCGAGCCUCCGACUAACUGACAACUAACUAUCUGACGACGUUCACCUGACAUACAGCCUCUGGGAUGCGUAAUGUUACAUGGUCGACGGUUGGAUCCACGUGCCUUGACGUCGAUAUGUUGGCACUUAGAGAGAGACUAAUGUUGGCCUCCGGUAGGAGAGGCGGAACUCAAUUUUUUACUACUAAUCUCGCUCAUCCUGGGACGAUGUUACUUUUUGUAUGCUAUAUCACAUCUUCUUUCAUCGUCAAUGUGUUCACAAUACCUACUGUGCGUCCUUCCGCGUUACGACAAAACUGUUGUUACUGCUGUGGAGCGGUAGAGAGAGGAGUGAGGAGUGAAGGGACAUCGACCAGUAGGUACUGUUUCAUUGCCUCCAUUCCAAGGACCCACUUUACACCCACUUAUUCUGUUCUGCCUUUGUUUGUUUAGCAUAUUUACAUGUUUUAUUAUGUUUUUGGACA